ACUCUUCCUCCUCAAUCGAAACCUAUAAUAAAGAUGUCCAAGUAUAGCCUGAUCCUAUUGUCCGCCCUGCUCGGCUGCCUUGUUUCCGGCGGAUCGGCUGGGUCUAUAGGUGUGGAUAGAAACGAAAUCCGAGUGGUGAAGGAUAUUCAUAUCUUUGCCGCCCAGCAUCCGGGUCUGAAGAUCCAGGCAUUGGAAAAGCAGAUCGUACCGGGAAAGGCCCGUGGCGGAUCUCUAAGCGUGCGCUACAACAUGGGAGCCCGUAUUUCCAGCGAUACCCUAGUCUUCCAGACAGCCGACACCUUCGAGUUCCCACGGGCCCAGGAUGUGAGCGUGCAGCUCAGGUAUCCGGAGAAGGACGGGGACUCCGGUGCCGCCUUGUCCUACGUGGAGCUGGUCUGCACCCAGGACGCCUACGACGGCACCGCCUACGUGGUGGCCGGUGGCAUCGGCCAGCGCUUCAUCUCCAUUGUUCUGGAAGCCAAGAACACCAAAAACUUCUCCUACCAGGCUCUGUACUACGGACAGUGGAUCUAGGCAUUAACAGUAUCGUUCUAUUGGCUUAUGUUUUACUUAAAAUGCGUGUCAAUUGACUCCAAUUUAAAAUAUAUGUAACAGGCAACCCCAACCUGAGAUUACCUCGAUAUAAGUAAUAAAUAUUGUUUUAGUUCCGGGCUAGGACUAGAAAAUAUAGAAUUAAAUCAAUGCAUUAUUAUAAAAGUAAAACUAAAAAGGUAUGUAUACAGAAUGAGGCUAGAAAUUAAAUUACAAAAACUUAAUAUUAAUGGAUUCCGGUCGAGAAGUCAUAUUUUUAAAAUAUUA